AACUCCCAACUGGGAAGAAGCUUUUGCCCAAGCCGGCCUCACACUGAAUGGAGGGCCAAGCAAUCCAGGGGAACCAGACCUACUAGUAGGCUGAGGCUGCUCACCAGAGGGGAUGUGAGGAAGGUUGGGGACGGUGAAGUGUGGGUACCUGCCCUGAGUGGGUGGACCGGUUGAAACAGGAAGCUCUAAGCCUGUUGAGUAUGGAGCUGGAGGGUCAAGAAGGAAGGGAGCCAGGAGAUUCCCAGGAGUCCACCAGGGCUGGAGUUCCCAGGGAAGCUGGUAGGGUGGAGGGGCCAGGAGUCCCAGAAGAUGUAGAUGUGGUGAGGGCCCCUGAGGAGGCGAGACAGGUGGAGGGGCCUGAAGUCGCCCUGUACGUAGACAUAUUGAGGGUCCCCGAGGGGGCAAGUCGGGUGGAAAGGCCUGGAGUCUCCAGGGAUCUGAACAUGGUGAGGGUCUCCGAGGAGGACCAGUUGGAAAUCCAGGAGGGAGGAAGAAGAAGGAUGGAGAUGCUGACAGUCCAGGAGGCAGAAAGUGGGGCGGAAUCUGGGCUGUCCGGAGAGAUCAGCGAAUCGGUGGUCCCUAGGCACAAGUUGCUAGCAAGGCCUAGAGGGAAGUGGAGGAAUCGCCUGCAUGAAUUGGAGGAGCAAGAGGCCAGGCAGCAGGAUCAAGAAAGCUAUUCAGGCCAGCCCAGCAAGGACCACGAGCAGUACUUAGAGCCCUACAUGGAGGGGACAGAGCAGCGCUAUCGCUCACGGAUAGUGAAACAUAGGGAUGUAGCUUCCAGUCGCCACAGGAGUCUGGGCAAGUACAGCCUGGAGAGGAAGCCCAGCCUGAGAUACCGCCAGGAGUCUUUGGCUCGGUGCCACUGUUCCCUGACUCCUCGCUCGUCCCUGGCUCCCCGGGGGGCUGGAGCUCCCCGGGUGUCCCAAGUGUCUCCGUGGUCCGUGACGCCCCUGGGUCUGGACUCACAAAUUUAUAGCACCACCGGGAGGAAGAGCUCCGGCGGGAUACUGCCGCCAGGGCUGGGAUACCGGCGGCCUACCAUCCGCUUCAGCCUCCACCCCAAGUCAUCUCGCCGCCUGUCGCAGCGGUCUGCCUCCCCCUGCCUCUCGCACAUCAGUGCCUUCAACGAGCUGGCAAAGAUGGGCGACCCGGACCUGCUGGAGAUGGUGGAGGAGGAAGGCUUAAGAUCCAGAGAAAAAGAAUAUGCUUCCCAAAGUCCUGAGAGCCUGGACACCAGAGAGACCAGCUUCCUCAUCUCUAAAGAGCGACAGCCAUCGUUUCAAAGAAGUGAGCAAAGCAAAGACUCAAUCUUCUUCAGAGAUGGAAUUAGGCAGAUUGACUUUGUUCUUUCCUACGUAGAAGAUCCAAAGAAAGACUCGGAGAUAAAGGCAGAGAGAAGACGGGAAUUUCAUCUAAAUCUCAGGAAAACAGGUCUUGAGUUGGAAAUUGAAGACAAAAUGGACUCUGAAGAUGGAAAAACCUUCUUUGUGAAGAUCCACGCCCCAUGGGAGGUCCUAGUCACUUAUGCUGAAGUACUGGGAAUCAGGAUGCCUAUUAAGUGGAGUGACAACCGGCAGCCAAAGUACCCACCCCUGAGUUACAUGCUUGGACCUGUGAAGCUCCCAGCCACUGUGAAGUAUCCUCACCGUGACUAUUUCACUGCUCAGUUCAGCAGAUACCGUCAGGAUCUCUUCCUCAUCGAAGACCAGGCUACUUUCUUUCCAUCCUCAACGAGAAACAGAAUUGUUUACUAUAUUCUGUCACGAUGCCCUUUUGGAGUGGAAGAGGGGAAGAAAAAGAUUGGGAUCGAAAGACUGCUGAACUCUGGCACGUACUUAUCUGCCUAUCCACUCCACGAUGGCCAGUAUUGGAAGCCAUCAAGAACUCCUACUCACGUCAAUGAGAGGUACAUCCUUCGCCAGAACUGGGCUCGGUUUUCUUACUUUUACAAGGAGCAACCUUUAGAUUUGAUUCGGAAUUAUUUUGGUGAAAAGAUUGGUAUCUAUUUUGUGUUUCUCGGGUAUUACACAGAAAUGCUGUUGGUCGCAGCUCUGGUUGGCUUAGCCUGCUUCAUCUACGGCUUGUUAUCAAUGGAAAAUAACGAAACUAGCACUGAAAUCUGCGACCCUAACAUCGGAGGUCGGAUGAUCAUGUGUCCACUUUGUGAUGAAUUGUGUGAUUACUGGAGACUGAACACCACAUGUUUGCAUUCAAAGUUCUCCCAUCUGUUUGAUAAUGAGUCAACCGUGUUCUUUGCAAUCUUCAUGGGGAUCUGGGUCACACUGUUUCUGGAGUUCUGGAAACAGCGACAAGCCAGGCUUGAGUAUGAGUGGGAUCUGGUGGACUUCGAAGAAGAACAUCAGCAGCUCCAGCUGAGGCCCGAGUUCGAAGCCAUGUGUAAACGAAAGAGGAUAAAUCCUGUGACAAAGGAGUUGGAGCCACACAUGCCUCUGUGCCAUCGCAUCCCAUGGUACUUUGUGUCAGGGACCACAGUGGUCUUCGGGAUGGCUCUCCUCCUCAGCAGCAUGGUGUCCAUCAUCGUGUAUCGCCUGUCAUUCUUUGCCACCUUUGCCACCUUCAUGGAAAGUGAAGCCACCCUGCAGAACGUGAAGAGCUUCUUCACCCCCCAGAUGGCCACCUCUCUCUCUGGAUCAUGCCUGAACUGCAUUGUCAUUGUGAUCUUGAAUUUUUUUUAUGAGAGGAUAUCUGCCUGGAUUACAAAAAUGGAAAUUCCUCGAACUUACCAGGAGUAUGAGAGCAGUCUCACUCUGAAGAUGUUUCUCUUCCAGUUUGUGAAUUAUUACUCGGCUUGCUUUUAUGUGGCCUUCUUUAAAGGGAAGUUCAUGGGCUACCCUGGGAAGUACACAUAUAUGUUUAACAUAUGGAGAAGUGAAGAGUGUGAUCCUGCAGGCUGUCUGGUAGAGUUGACAACCCAGCUAACCAUCAUCAUGAUUGGGAAACAGGUUUUUGGAAAUAUCCAUGAAGCCUGUCAACCCUUGAUUUUUAAUUGGUGGAGACGUCGAAAAGCCCGAACCCACUCUGAGAAACUAUACAGUCGCUGGGAGCAAGAUAAUGACCUUCAGGUUUUCGGACAACUUGGGCUGUUCUAUGAGUACUUGGAAACAGUUAUUCAGUUCGGGUUUGUCACAUUGUUCGUGGCCUCUUUUCCCCUGGCCCCCCUGUUUGCUCUCAUGAACAACAUUGUAGAGAUCCGCGUGGAUGCCUGGAAGCUGACGACUCAGUAUAGGAGACCUGUCGCUGCAAAAGCUCACUCCAUAGGUGUCUGGCAGGACAUUCUCUAUGGAAUGGCCAUCCUUUCUGUUGCAACUAAUGCCUUCAUUGUUGCGUUCACAUCUGACAUCAUUCCACGGUUAGUUUACUUCUAUGCCUACUCAUUGAAUUCCACGGAGCCCUUGAGUGGAUACGUUAACAACAGCUUGUCAGUGUUCCUGAUAGCUGACUUCCCCAACCACACAGCGCCGGUGGAAAAGAAAGACUUCACCACUUGCAGGUACAGAGAUUACAGGUACCCUCCUGAUCAUGAGAACAAGUAUGCCCAUAACAUGCAGUUCUGGCAUGUCCUUGCUGCCAAGCUGAUCUUCAUCAUAGUAAUAGAACACGUCGUGUUUCUGUUAAAAUUUUUAUUGGCCUGGAUGAUACCGGAUGUUCCAAAAGAUGUCGUAGAGAAAAUCAAACGAGAAAAGUUAAUGACUGUCAAAAUUAUUCAUGACUUCGAGCUCAACAAGUUGAAAGAAAACUUGGAUAUUGAACAUAAUAACAUCGUUAAGCAUGACACAGUGGAAGACGUCAUAUCCCCGAGGGACAAAAUCCCCGUCUAAUCCACACACGAGGCAUGAAGCUCUGUGCCCUUCUCUGUACACUGUUGCCUCUGGACUUCUGGCUGGAUGCUGGAAUUCAUGUAUCCAUUUGUUUUUCUUUCUUUCUUUUAUUUUUAACUCGGAGUCUUUAUGCCCUAUGAUAGAGGCAGGCAUCAGAAGAGAACACAGGUGGGCCUCAUCCACUGGGCUCUCCCAGGGUGUGACUCGUGGGGUCCUGUACACACUUGCAGGUGGUGCCUGUGGAUUCAGAAUCUGGAAAAUCAUGGAGUGUUGCUACUUAGAGUGAAACACUGGCCUGGGGGAUGCUCUGUCACUUCCCAGGGCAACUGCACAUCUCUGCUGUCUUCUGUUGAGUUCCUUCCAUCUCCCUCCCAACAAGAAAAGGGUUGUAUCAAAAAGAAAGCUAGAAAAGAGACACACCAUUUCAUAGAACAUCUGCCAUUGUAAAAUGCACACAUGUAAAGCCAAAAUCAGAAGAAGUCCUGAGAAAUCUCACCUAUUGACAAACGCUGGGUAAAAAUCACAGCAGGAGUGUGCUCUUGACAAUGUCAGGUCAAAGGUAGCUUCUGUCAGAAUCCCAGACAGCCUUUCCUGGUAAAGGUAGAAUCAGUUUUUCCCUAAGACUAGAAGAAUUUUCAUGAAAGACUCUCAGAGGGCUUUUGAAGGUAGUGUUUCCAUUUUGUUGACUAGCUUCAACACCAUCUGUCACCACCAGGUGUCAGGUGACUACAGGUUUCCAAGUGAAGGUACUGUGCAAAGCCAAUGUGUCUUCUUAGGAGCUAAAGAAUGCAAGAUGGUACAUAGACAUUAACUUAUUCAAUGAUAAAGUGAAACUUUUAAAUUUCUCUGAAAUGCUGUUUUUUGCAUCAUGAAGCCUUUUUGAGCUCUAGCCAUUUGUAUAAGUUGGGCACAAACUGUUUACAAAAUGUGAUCUCUUCACUCUAAAAAAAAAACCUCCAAAUCUUGUAAUAAGUUUGCAGUCUUUUCAUGGACUACAUCACACCUACAAUGUCCAGUGCCUUCUUUCUAUGCCUUUGACACAUGAAAAAUUGUCUAGGUGACUGGUAAUUUGACAUGACAGAGUAGUUCAGAUGUCAACUUGUCUUAAAGAAAAUGGCAGUGUUGUGAGCACAGAGUUUAUCACCAAAAGAUCAUCGACCAAGUGAGAAGGUGAUAAUUGGUGGGAAAAGUGUAUUUGUUGAAGUAUCCUUUCCACAUUGAGGCCUAUGUGGAUAUACAGCAAUUCUUGUCAUGGGUUCACUAAUACAAUAUCACAUAUGUACCUGUAUGUAACUUACCACUAGAGUGGGAGAUAUGAUCCAGCUCUAGAGUACUCAAAUCUUUGGGUUUAAAUUAGGAUUCAGCUACAAAGGAAUAUAUUUUAAAUUACAUAUAUACAAAGAAACUUGAUCAAAAGAUUUUUAAAAGUAGUGUUCCCUUAACAAUAACACGAUUUUCCAGCAUAGCUGAUAUUACAGUAUUAACUACUGAUAGAUACUAAGUAUUUAGAACUAGGGAUUAUGGAUUUUAUAAAAAUAACAGAAGCAUUAUCACAUCACAUUAUUGGCAAUAUUGAUUUGUUAUGUAGUAGGUAGAUUACAUUUUUGGGUCACUUGAAAUGAUUUUAUAAUUGAAAGAUACUUUCAUAAGUGGCGAUGGUCAGUUUAAGAAAACCAGUCUUUUUUAGCAUGAUCAAGCCACAGCUGUGGUUCUUGUAGACUGUCAAAUUACACUGCAGGGCUUUUCACGCACAGCUCACAUUGCCUUCUUCAUGGGUGCUAAUUUUUAAAAAAGGGGGGAGAUUAUAGUUUUUCUGGAAAUACACUUUAAUUUUGUGACUUCAAAGUAUUAUGGAGCUAGACUGCAAGAUAAGGACAAAGCUGACUUGCAAAGCUGUCCAUACACUGUAGGUUCAAAACCACCUCAAGCACUGAGUGUCUAAAGUAAUGGUAGAAAUGAGCAAAAUUGGAAUUUAUUUUACAGCAAGUGCUUCUUAUAAUUUAUUGGUGUCUUCGCUUUGUAUUUGCCUUGCAAUUUUCCACUGAUAACUUUCAUCCUGUUUGACGUUUUACCCUGAGAUACUAGAGUCACUUUCUGGAAAGUCUGUUUGUUAGCCAAAAUCAGAUGGAGUUGGUUCAGGCAGAUUUACCUCCUUCUAUCAACACAUUGAUUGGUGUGAGAACAUUGAGCUAGACGUAGCCAACCACCAGAUGUAUGUUCGUGUUUAGGAGUAUGGCUGUGGAUUUUUUAUUUUUUGUUUUUUGUUUUUGUUUUUUAUCCUUCAGUCAAACAAGUGGUUUACUAUUUUCCACUGAUAUUCCAAGGAACAUCUGAGAUCUUAUGUGAAAAUAGAAUCUUCAAGUGCCAAAGCCCCAAAGCACACAACUUUUUCCAAAGGUCCUUUGCAAUCAUCAUCUUCAUUGUUUCUUUUCACACAGGAAGCAAAAUCCUUCAAAUUACUAACUUUAGACAUCAAAAGGGAACUGUCAUUAAAUGAAAGAUGUUUUAAUUUUGCACUAUUUCUGGACUUCUGGAUUUCACCUCCUUUUUUUGGUCAAGAGAAAGGAGAGAGUUGUUUCCUCUAGGUCUCAAAUGGGAUUCUUUGUGGGUAGGAAGACGCAAAUCUCUUCUCAGUGCCAGUCACUAAGGGUGAGAGAAUAUAUCUGGAGAAAUUCCAGGUUGACAAUUAUUGUGUGUCACAAGAAAGCCUUUGCUUACAAAGUGUGUUUGUAGGGUCAGGUACUGUGAACAAUCAUUGACCCUGCUCUCCAGUGACAAUGAUACUGGUUAUUCAAAAACAUAGCCUAUUGCUUUGGAAAAACCUCCCAUAGUUAUUAUGUAAUUGAGUGAUGCCAUGAAGGAAAACAUUGUAUUGCCAGGCUUUGGACUCUGCCACAAGGAAUCAAUAGAACUAUCGUGUUACUGUUCUUCAUGCAAUUUUAAUCUACUUUUCUGUGUAGUAAUUAAAGUAUGCCAGUUAUUUCAGCAUUAUGUAAAAAUUAAUGACAAUGUUUAAAACGUAAUGUAUAGUAUGGCAUAAUCUGUGUGAGACACAACUGCCCAUUCCUCUAAAUAUGUCAUUGAAUACAGGAUGCAGCUCUCCUGAUAUGAGAUGCUGUGUCUUGAAGUUAACUCAGAGUAUACAAGCUUGCUUUUUUGUCCCUCCAUCCCUCCCUCUCCCCUUCCCUCCUUCUUCUGUCUCUCCUUCCCUUUGUCCCUCUUUUCUUCCUUCCCUUUUCACUCCCUUAUUUCCUUCUCUUCUUUUUUAAAGGGAGUACACAGGUAUUUAGAAAAAAUUGUCUUUACUAAUGAACCCAAACCUAAAAAGCCAAAUCACUCAGUGAUUAAAGUAAGUAAAUAAUUUCAAAUAUCUUGACACAAACAUUUAUCUCCAGUUCAUUAUUUGAGAAUUUCACACAUGCAUAUAAUGUGCCUUGAUUAAAUCCAUUUCUCCAUUCCCUAUGCUACAGUUCCUCCUUAUUCCAAACGCUUUUCCUUCCAAACUUCAGGUCCUUUCUUUUUUAAACACUCUCAGUUCGUUGAAUGCUCUGUGUGCACGUGUGUGUACACACGCACGCACACACAUUCUAACUUUGGUUUAGAACUGAGAUAAUUUCUGAAAUCAAGAACUCUAGAGAAGGUUUUACAUCAAUUUUGUUUCUCUCCAGAGACUUCUGAGCACACCCCAUCCUCGGGGUUAGCCCAGAAUGUCACUGUACUGCCUGCCAAGUACAGACAGAGCCAGUGAAGAGCAGCUGCUACUCUCGAGAAGUUGCAGAAGGUAGAAGCUUUUCCUGUAUUGCCUACCUGCCUACCUCCCCACCACCCCCAACUACUUUGGAAGAUGUUGAUUGGGGAGGUGAAAAGAUGGUUGAGAACAUUAUAAAUGAAAAAUUUGCAGCUGAAAGCACUUUGACAAAUUCCUGAACAGGUAGCCAGGCCCACCAUGGGUUGGGUAAAGUCACGUAGCGUCAGGGCAACCAAGCCUUAGCCCUGUCCUUUCUAGUUAUAUCUGGAGACUCACACUUGAGAAGUUUACACCUCUAGUUUCCACUUGUUAAAGACAUUAUAUUCAUUUCAUUCAACCAAUAUAUGUUUUUGAAGUGCAGAAUGAUCAUAAAGUCAAGUGAUUGUAUCACAUUCUAAGUAUUUCAUGGAUCAAGCAUACUAUCGUACAGGAUUUAAAUAGCAAAGCAAAACUAUCAAUAUUACUGGGAAGGCAUUUCUUUUGAAAUUAUAGAGAGUCUGUAAUGAAAUGUGGAUAAACCAGAACCUGCAGGACCAUCAGGUACAGGCUUGAGACAGCAAAGUUGCUGAACUUCUGUACAGCUGCCUGUGUCUUCUGCUUGUGAUAAUCUACAGUCAUGUUUCACUGAUGGGAGCCCAGUGCUGGCCCAGAAGGAGCAUGAGAAAAGAGAGUAAACAGGGUAGAUGGAUUGUGUGCAUUGUACCAUGUAGACCCUUCAAGAACAGUCCCAGAAAGAUACCUUUGCUGCUUUAUGCUGUCUAUCACUUUGCAAGUAGGAUCUGGUUACUUUUUCGUCUCUGGGACAAAAUACCUGACCAAAGGAAAUGAAGGAAGGUGGGGUUUCUUUGGGCUCACAGCUUGAGGAUUCAGUUCAUCAUGGUGGGAAGUCAUUACGGCAGAGCACGAGGCAGCUGGUUAAGUGCAUCCACGGUCAGGGGGCAUGGAUACUGGUUAUCGGUUCAUUCCUUUCUAUUCAGCUGGGAACUCCAGCCUAUAGGAGAUGCCACCCAUAUUCAAGGAAGGCAUCUUCCCUUCAGGGUAAACUUAUCUGGAAACACCAUAUAGAAAAAUCCAGAACUGCGUUUCUAGUGAUAAUUCUAAGUCCAGCCAAAUUUACAGGAUUAGCCAUCUCAGACCUUAGAGGGAAAAACUUCAUGGACGAACAGGCCUACUUACCUAGCACAGACUGUAUAGACCAAAGGCUGCCUGAAGCUAAGUAAGGUUAGCAAACUAGAUUUAGUUUAUUUCCAUAAAAUGUUCUCUGUAAAUGAAAAAUAACAAUUUCUUUUCACUCUCAUGCUAAACAUUUUAAACAUCUGAUCAUCUACAAUAUCAAACCAAACACAACUAGUAAGCUUCAAAGUACUAAAAUUUCAUCGUUUAUAUUUUUUCUCUACAACAACAACAAAAAUAAUAAAAUAUAACCAAGAAAAAUGC